AUGCAUGACGACUCGGUUGUUCCUCCGCAUUCCGUCUUUACGCACUGGAUUGAUUCCCGACAUGUGGAUGCAGCCGCCGUCCGUGACGAGGGCGACAUGUUUCCUGGUGAGGACAAAGGCGAAAGCCUGGAAAGGGGUCACAUGGUCAAUCCGGAUUCGGGCCUGGAUGAGAUGUACGAAGAGUCCUGGGUUAGUGGGAUUAAACUAGAUGAGGAAGGCGUCGAGGACAGCUCGGGAUAUGUCCUGAAGUAUGAGCAUGGAGACAACAAGGGACUGGUGGUUCGAAUAGGCGACUUGGUGCAAGGAGUUUUGAGGGAAAACGGAGACAUUGGGCUAUUCAGAUGGGAGCUUGGUCAUGGCGAGACAAAGACGAUCAUCGCCGAAGUAGGCAGACAUGAGGCAUUUCCUCAAAAUGUCAAAAGAGGACCUAAUGCGUCUGACAAGUUCGAAACGCCGAAUGGAUGGACUUGGGUUUGUGUAGAGAGUUGGUAA